UUACCAUCUUGUGUUUCGUAUUUCCUCUGUUACGUCAUAAUUUCACGCUGCGAGGUAAUAGACAAUACUAACCAGAAGUGAAUCAACGUAACUCCGCAUACGAAUAUUAUGUAGCCCAGACAGCAACACGUAUAUCAGUUUAUGGUGAUUUAUAUACGAAGUCUAAACUAAUAGAUUUUUCCUCAGUUUAUCAACAGAUAUGAAAAACAGGUUAAGCUGCGUUUUAUUGUUUCUCUUAUACUGUAUAUGUCGAUUGAAAGCUAUUGAAACAAACUGUUUUAACGCAUGCCGUUGUGCUGGUCAACAUGUUUAUUGCGAAAACAGGCAGCUGACUAAUAUUUCGUGGAUGUUUCCUCCUAACACAAGUUCAAUAUCACUGAGCGGUAACAGGUUACGUUACAUACCGGAAACUGCUUUUACAGAAGCAAGUAGCAGCAUCAGGGCACUGGAUUUCUCACACAACAAACUUGCGACCUUCCCACGAGACGUACUCAAACUAAUAAUCGGGUUAAAAACCCUAAACCUAUCGAAUAAUGAAAUAGUCAUCACAAUUCAAGAUUUGCAGACGCCUCUGUUUAACAGAAACUUGCGCGUAUUGGAUCUAAGCAACAACCGUAUAGCAUACGUCACACCUGCGUUGUUCAGCUCGCUAAGGAAUUUGAUGCGGUUGCAUUUACAUGGGAACAGUUUGACAAUCUUCAGUCUGCAUUUCGUCGUAUACUCCCCCUAUUUAAAAGAGCUUACCCUUCAAAACAACGAAAUUGCGAACCUGGCGUUCCAUGUCGGGGUCGCUAUAACAGAUCUAAACUUAACGCAAAACAAAUUCAAGUUUAUCAACAACAGCGAAAUAUUUAAAGCUACGACGUCGCUGAAACGUUUGUGGAUUGGACAUGCAGGACUUCAAUAUUUCCCCAUUACAUUCAAUGGUAUUAACAGCAUAGAAGAACUUACUAUAUCCCACGUAAGCCAAGCGAAGAUCGACACGACCAUAUUACAACCAUGCGCUAACAGUUUAAAAAAGUUGUAUUUGAACGGGGGAAACUUAACUGUUUUGGAUGUAGGAAAAAUGAAAGUUUUGCGACAUCUAGGUGUAUCUAACAUGCACAGUUUAACAACGCUAAGGCUUGAGCAUAUACCUCUGUCUACGUUAGAAAACCUAGCACUCAGAGGUAUUGAGGGUUUAUCUCAAGUUUAUCUUGAUCAACUUGGUUUAGCAGAAUUCACAUCAACAGAGAGUUUUUCAACCCCAAACCAGAUCACACAUUUAAGUACCAGAGGAAAUUUCAUCCGACUUUUAACCAACGAUUCGUUUACAACGCUUGGCAACUUGCGGAGUUUAAACCUGAGUCGCAACCGUAUUUCCCACAUCGAUUCAGGCGCUUUCGCGGGGUUAUUAAAUCUAGAGAUUUUGGAUCUGAGUGAUAAUAGACUGACCGUAUUCGACGGGUCCAUUCUAAACUCUCCACAGCUAAACACGUUGAUUUUAUCGAAUAACUUCCUUGUAAGAUUAUCAUUCAAUCCGAAUGCUGCAUCUAUUACAAACCUAGAUAUAAGAAACAACAGAAUCCAAAAUUUCCCAAGUUUUCCAAACCACCAUUUUCAAGCACGAUUAUCCGGCAACCACUGGCAAUGCACUUGUUCUAUGCUGAACAGCUUAUCCCGCAUUGAUGUGCUUGAUUCCUGCGACGGUAACAACACUUGCGUGUAUUGUGAUACACCUCCAGAAUUUCAAGGUCAAAAAAUUUCUUCAAUCUCCAGCAAAUGCAUAGAAGCCGCUAAAGAGCCAAUUCGUAUUGAAAUUAUCCUUGCUGCGGUGUUAGGUGUUGUACUGGUUGUCACUAUUCUGGUUUUGAUUAUAUGGAAAGUUCGCAGAAUUCACCAGAAAUCAAAGAGAGAAUCGAGUUCAAAUAGCAGCCGUAAUUUCACUACGGUUGUUUACCAAAGAGCUUAAAAUCUUCUGGCGUGAUUUUUCCCGGAUUUUGUCUCAGAGUGCUACGGUUAAUUCAUACUUGUGCUGUGUUUUGUUACAUUGCGUUUUUAUUAAAAUUUCUUUUUU